AAUCAAACUCCUCUCACUUCAACUAUUUAUUCAACAAUCUUUAUUAUCCCUUCUCUCUCUCUCUCUCUAAAACACACACACACACAAGCACGAGCUACUUUUCAAUUUAAUUUUUUUACAGCAUCACAUUCGAUAAAAUCACCUGAAUUUUAAUUUUCCAAACUAGAGAGAGAGAGAGAGAGAGAGAGAGAGAGAGUUGUGAUGGGUGGGAUUAGAAUUAGAAAGAGAAAGGGAAUUAUUGUUCGUGGGUUUAUUAUUUCACCUGUAUUUUCCUCUUUGAAUUCCCAACUCGUACUCUUUUUGUUGCUUUAUCCCUACACCACGACCAAAGCAAACAAGAAAAAUCGCAACUUUAAUAAUUAUUAUAGUUUUUUUUGUUUGUUGCUCAGUACUGUAUACGUAUGAGUAGCAGCAGUAAUUAAUUGGUGUAUUUUAUUAAUCGGUAUUCUCCAAAUCGUCACCGCACAUCUUUAUCAAACUCGAGUUUUUUUUUCUGCUGUCUACCAUUAAUCGAUAGGUUGUCUAGAGAGAGAGAGAAAAAAAUUGGGGGAAAUUCCAAUUUUCACAAGUUCCGAUUCCAAUUCUAUCAAAAUGCCCCUUUUCUGAGCUGAUUUUUGCAAGCCCUAAUUUUUUUAGUUGAAUGGAGGGGGAUUUGUUAGUUGCUGAUCUUUUUUGAGCUCUGAUUUUGCGUUUUCUGGUGGAAUGGAGGUUGAUGAGGGAAGCGGAGGUGGUGGUGGUGGGGAAAGUGUGGGGGCGGCGAAGAAGAACUCGCCGGAGGGAGAGGGGGAGGUGAAGGUGAAGCGCAAAAUGAAGACUCCUUCUCAGUUGGAAGUUCUUGAAAAAACAUAUGCUAUUGAGACGUAUCCAUCCGAAGCAUUGCGGGCGGAGCUCUCGGUCGAAUUGGGGCUGACUGAUCGGCAGCUGCAAAUGUGGUUCUGCCACCGGAGGUUGAAAGACCGGAAGCCAUCCGCGGAGAAGAGGCAGAAAAAGGGCAGCGUAACCACACCUGCAGUUGCGGAGUUCACUAGUGGGAUUGUGCACGAGAAGGUGGUUAGCAGCAGCGCUGAUGUGGCACAUGAGCCUCGCUCGGGUUUGAGUCUUUUUGGGAAUGUUGACCAGCAGCUGCAGCAGCAACGAGUGGCUCAUAAGGCUGGGACUGCUGUCCCGAGGAUGUCGACAGAUUUGCCAUCCAUGAGGAGAUACUAUGAACCGCCGCUGGCGAUCUCUGAGCAAAGAGCGAUUAAGUUUGUGGAAGCACAGUUAGGGGAGCCACUUAGGGACGACGGGCCAAUUCUUGGGAUGGAGUUUGAUCCUUUGCCGCCUGGCGCCUUUGGUACUCCAAUUGUUACAUCAGACCAACAGAAACGAGCUGGACAAUCCUAUGACGCCCACUUAUAUGAGAGGAUCGAUGCUAAACCAAUCAAGGGUGCCUCUAGGGCUCUCCAUGAAUACCAAUUUCUCCCUGAAAAGCCGUCGGCAAUAAAUGACCCUUACGAAAGAGUUGCGCCACAUUAUUAUGGUUCGCCCUCUGAUGCUCUGAAUUCUCGAGUGCCAUUACCUACUGGGAGACCUAUGAUACGUAGCAAUGAGCAAGGGGCAUCUGGAUAUCUUCAAGGUCAAAUGCCAAGUUUGAGUCUUUUGCCUCAGCAAGUCAGGCAUGAAGCACACUCGUCUCCAGCUCCUGGAGAAGUAGAUCUUGGUCCUCUAACAGCUCCUGUUGUCAAUGCCAACAUUGAUUCUCAGCUUUUCAUUCAUCCAGGUAGUGGGUUUGAUAAUCAGAUUGCGACACCAGAGAGGCGUGCUGUGCUGGACCCUGAGAGGUUGGAGAGGAAACGCAAGGCUGAAGAGGCUAGAAUAGCCAAAGAAGUUGAAGCUCAUGAGAAAAGGAUCCGUAAGGAGAUGGAGAAACAGGACAUUAUGAGGAGAAAGAGAGAAGAACAAAUGAGGAAAGAGAUGGAACGGCAAGAUCGGGAACGACGAAAGGAGGAGGAAAGACUGUUGCGUGAAAAGCAGCGUGAAGAGGAGAGAUGCCAAAGGGAGCAACGGCGUGAAAUAGAAAGAAGAGAGAAAUUUUUACAAAAGGAGUAUAUCAAAGCAGAAAAGAUGAGGCUGAAAAAGGAAAUGCGCAUGGAGAAGGAGGCUGCAAAACUCAAAGCUGCUAAUACCAGGGCUGCUGCUCGCAGAAUUGCCAAAGAAUCUGUGGAACUGAUUGAGGAUGAAAAUUUGGAACUCAUGGAACUAGCAGCCUUAAGUAUGGGAUUGCCCUCAAUUGUGGCCCUUGACAGUGAAACUUUACAGAACCUUGAUUUGCUCAAAGAUAAACUCCCAGAAUAUCCACCCAAGUCUGUGCACUUGAAGAGGCCCUUUCAUGUCCAGCCUUGGAGUGACUCGGAAGAGAACCUUGGUAAUCUUCUUAUGAUUUGGAGAUUCUUGAUAUCUUUUGCUGAUGUUCUUGGUCUGUGGCCUUUCUCCCUGGAUGAAUUCAUUCAUGCACUGCAUGAUACUGACCCGAGGUUGUUGGGUGAGAUCCAUAUAGCUCUUAUGAGAUCCAUUAUUAAAGACAUUGGAGACGUUGGCAGAGCAUCAGACCCGAAUUCUGCUGGCAUCCCUGUUGGGGGGCAUCCACACAUUGUUGAAGGGGCUUAUGCUUGGGGUUUUGACUUGCUUAGCUGGCAGCGCCACCUUAGUCCGGUAACUUGGCCUGAAGUAUUGCGGCAAUUUGCUCUCUCUGCAGGCUUUGGGCCAAAAUUAAGGAAUUCAGAUAUCAAACGAGCAUGUUUCCAGAAUGACAGUGAGGGUGAUAAUGUUGCAGAUACAAUAUCCAAUAUACGAAGUGGAAAAGCUGCUGAGAAUGCUAUUUCCCUUAUGCAAGAAAGGGGUUUCUCAAAUUCUCGAAGAUCCCGGCAUCGCUUAACUCCAGGAACAGUUAAAUUUGCAGCAUUUCAUAUUCUUUCACUGGAGGGAGAUAAGGGACUUUCGAUAUUGGAAGUUGCUGAAAGGAUUCAGAGAUCUGGUCUUAGGGAUCUCACAACAAGUAAAACUCCAGAAGCAUCUAUAUCUGCUGCUCUAUCAAGGGACACAAAAUUAUUCGAGAGAACAGCUCCUUCAACUUAUUGUGUACGCACUCCUUAUCGGAAGGAUCCAAUUGAUGCAGAGACGCUUCUCUCUGAAGCUAGGGAGAGAGUUCGGGUACAUCAAAAUGGAAAUGUUGAUGAAGAAGAACCAGAUGUUGAAAAGGAUGACCUCGACAGAGAUCAAGACUCUGACAGUGAUAUUGGCGACGAUCCUUAUGUUGAUGACUUGGAUGCUUUGGCAAAUGAAAAGGAGGCUUCUCACUCCAGCAAAACAAACAAAAUUGAAGAUAUCUCUGGAUAUGACAAUGACAAUUCCUGUAGUGAGUUGAUGGAAACACCAUUCUUGAAAAGCAGUGCAAUGUUGACCGAAUCAGUUGAUGAGGUCAAAGAUAAUGGAAUAAUGGGUGCCCCAUGUGUCGAUGUUGUUGGGGUUAACUCUCAGGUGUCUGCCUCUGAUCUUGAAGACAGCGUGGUCGAUGAAUCUAGUCCUGGAGAACCAUGGGUUCAGGGACUCACUGAAGGGGAGUAUGCCGACCUCAGCACCGAAGAGCGUCUAAAUGCUCUUGUUGCCUUGAUUGGUGUAGCAAAUGAAGGAAAUGCCAUCCGCGUUGCCUUGGAGGAACGGCUGGAAGCUGCAAAUGCAUUAAAGAAGCAAAUGUGGGCUGAGGCGCAACUUGAUAAGCGUCGAAUGAAAGAGGAGCAUAUUUUUAAAGUACACAGAGCUGAACUUAGCGUUCCUCAUGUUAUGGAUAACAGGAGAAGUCCACUAAAUAGUGUUCCUAUGAAAAACGAGUCCUCGCCUGCGAACCCCGACUUCCAGCUGGUUGACUUGAAUGAUCAACAUAAUGAAGUACAUUAUAUUGCUACUGAAAAGAAUCCUCUAACGCCCGACUUCUCUGUGGUUUCUGAAAACUUGAUGCUUCAGCAGUCUAUGAUUGCUGCUGAAAAGUCACGAUCAGAGCUGAAAGCUUGUAUUAGUCACCGGGCUGAGGAAAUCUACGCAUAUAGGUCCUUGCCCCUUGGACAGGAUCGGAGACGCAAUCGAUACUGGCAGUUUGUCGCAUCACUUUCUCGAAACGAUCCUGGAUCUGGCAGAAUAUUUGUAGAGUUGCACAAUGGUGUUUGGAGGCUUAUCGACUCUGAAGAGGGGUUCGAUGCUUUGUUAUCAUCUUUGGACGUCCGUGGAACUAGAGAAUCUCAUUUGCAUUCAGUAUUGCAAAAUAUUGGGCCAACUUUUAAAGAGACUGCUAGGAAAAACUCUUCUUCACUUUCUGGUAGACACGAUCGUGUUGAUGCCGGGAAGGAAGUUAAACUUGACUUGUCUUCUCCGAAGGGAAUAGCCCAUGUGUCAUGUUCUCCAGAACAAUCGACGCCACUUGCUGCAAAUCUUGUAAAUAAUGGAGCAGAAGAAAAUGACAUAAAUCAAAGAUAUAAAGACUUUGAGUGGAUAUGGAAAGAAUGCUUUGCUUCGGAUGUAUUCAGCGCAUUGAAGCGCAGCACGUUGUGGCGCUGCCAGCUGCUGGAAAUUUGCAACCGCUGCCGUAUCUUGUACUCGUGGGAGGAAAAUCACUGCCCUUUUUGUCAUAUGACCUACCACACUUCAAAUGACACUUCGGAGUUUGCAGAGCAUGUUGCUAAAUGCAGGAAGAACGACGACGUCUUAUUUGACCUCUCUCUUCCCCCGAGAAUCGUAUUGCUGAAAGUUCAGUUAGCUACGAUUGAGGCAUCUAUUCCCGCAUAUGCUCUAGAUUCUGCCUGGUCAGACGAAUACAGAAAAUCAUGGGGCAGGAAGUUGCAUACGGCAUUGACCGCGGAAGAGCUUCUUCAGUGCUUGACGUUGCUGGAAGAUAACAUCAAGAGGGAGUUUUUGUCGGUGAGCUACGAGACCUCAUCGGAGAUAUUGAGUUCGUCCAAAGUCGCAGAGAGUUCAUCAAGACCUGGAGUGGUCCCGAUACCUCCAUGGAUGCCUCGUACUGCACCUGCUGUUGCUUUACGGCUCAUGGAUCUUGAUACGUCCAUCUACUAUUCGCACGAGCAGAAGGAAAGAUGUCAGAAAGACGACAAAGACGGUUACUUCAAUAAUUUUUCGCCAAUGUAUUCUACACUUGGGUGUUCUGUGGAUAAUAAUCCGUCCCAAGCUGGAUCUCGACUGGAUAACGGCCGGGGAGAUCUCCGAAAUGGCCGAGCCAAGCGAGGACGGGGACGUCCAAAAGGUCCGAGCCGCACGCGUGGAGGAAAAAUGCUGGGUAGGGCGGCUACUAAUGCUCAAGAGGAACCAUGUAAACAGUUGCCGGGUUGGAGAGGGCGGACACGUGCACGAGGUCGAGGUGGCAAGAAAGGCCGCCGUUCGAUUAGAAGCCGACAAAAGCCUGCUCCGAGAGUGGCUGGGAAUGCUUUCAACAAAAGAGGCAGCAAGGGCAUUAUCGGUGACGAUGAUACCGCGGAGGUACACGAAGACGGGGACUGGAAUUUGGCAGCUACCCCGGUUGAAAUCGAGGGUGCCGAGAAUGUUAGCAGCUCCGAAGGAUCAGAGUUCGAUAAUGACAACUAUCACGAUCACGAGAUCGGGAAUGGUCGAGCUUCAGCCGACGAAUUUGGCGACCUUUAUGCGGAAAGUGGGGAUUUUGCCGAGAAUGUAGAGUACGGGAAAGGCAUCGAGCGUGGCGAAGACGCGGACGGCGUUGAUUACGACGACGAAGAAUACAAUGAUGAGGAAGAUGAAGAUGUUGACGAUGGCGUGGAUGAACACGGACACUACGUCGAAGGAUACGUCGACGACGACUAUCAAGAGGAAGAGGGAAACCGGUCUCCCGGCGAGGAGCGGGUCGAGAAUGCAGGGAGGAGCUCGGACGGGGAAUCGCUGUCGUCGUCUUCCUCCGAGUACAGUUACUAACGCUUGGCACCUCAAGAAAGGAAGAUACUUACAAUGCAGUAGUAUAAUUGUAAUCAAUAAUUCUACCUCAUCCUUUAUUUGGAGCCGUAACCGGAUAGUGUUAGGCAUCAAACGACGACGUUUUGCUGUUUAAGGAACGUAGUUGAUGAAGUAGUGUAAUUUUUCUGUGUUUCAAAUACUUAAAAUCAAUGGAUGAGUGAAGUAUGCAUCCAUCCAUAGAUGAAAUUAUUUGAUGAUUUCAUACCUUAAAAUAAUUCAAUUAUUUUAGUGUUUUAAUAAA